AUGGACGCAACAGCGGCGUCCGGGUCACAUAAUGACGAGGCUAUCGCCACUUCGCCUCCUGCACUCCCCCAGCGAACCCCGUCUCAGACAAGCCUGCACAAGGCAACCCAUGUCCACGCCCAUCGCCAGAGCUUCGCCGAGAACCUGAGGAACGCUCCUGGCUCGCCUCGCGCCCAGCGUCACCCUUCCUUCACUCAGGCUGCCGUGCAAGAGCUACUCAACCAUCCACCCGCUGCCAACAAGCACGCGGAUCCGCGCUUCGCCGGCCGCGACUGGCGCGAUAUCUCUGUCAACGAGCUUGUCGCCCAGGAUGACUUCAAGUGGGCCACCCUCGACACUAGCGUCGAGGAAGCAUCCAUGACCCUGGUCAAGCACAGCCCGUCCAACGUUGUCCUCAUCCGACAAGAUGACUCGGCGAAAACCGCCAUUUCGACCUUCGACUAUAACGACCUCAACACGUACCUCCUUAUCGUCGUUGGCCUGGCGAAGCCCGACGAGGAGCAAGUCCCGCUCUACGACGAGAUAGUGAACAAGGCCCGGAAUGGCGCCCGCAUAGCCCUGCGCGAUAUUCAGCCCCUAUGUCGCAAGGAGUCGCUCAUUGCUCUGCCGUUCGACGAGACACUAGAACGGGCUAUCGAAGUGUUUGGCAGCGGCAUCCAUCGCGUCCUGGUCACCAACCCCACGGGCGAUGUGAUCGGUAUUCUUAGUCAGCUCAAGGCUAUUGAGUUCUUCUGGAACGAAGGCAUCAAUUUCCCUGCCAUAGACAGACUGUAUCCCGUAACCUUGAGAGACCUCGGUAUCGGAACCCAGCAAAUCGUUGCUGUCAACUCCGAUAGCCCGUUGGGAGACGCGUUGGCAUUGAUGAACGCCGAGGGCCUCACAAGCGUCGCCGUUAUCGACAACGGCCAUAAUGUCGUAGGAAAUAUAUCUACCGUGGAUGUCAAGCACCUCGUCAACGCCGCCGACGCGCCUCUGCUCAAGUCAUCCUGCAUGCACUUCAUCUCCGUCAUUCUCAGCGAGCGUGGUGUCGAGCAUGGCCGCGACUCUUUCCCUGUUUUUUAUGUCAACCCCUACUCGACAUUGGCGCACACCGUCGCGAAGCUAGUGGCUACCCAGUCUCACCGCAUGUGGGUGGUUGAAUCGGCAUCCCCAUCCCCAUCCGCACCUGCGACCCCUUUGCUCGCCCCGACGACGUCGAAUGUGCUGGUGCCGGGGCCGGGCUCGGCACCGCAGUCACCGCUUCCUACACAAACCCACACCGCGGUGCCUGCGGCAGCCAUGCCCGGCGCUCAUCUCUCUGGUCGUUUGACUGCUGUGGUUUCGCUGACUGAUAUCCUCAACAUGUUUGCAAAGUCGUCGGGACUGCGGCCCACAGACCCGGGCGAGCAGCGAGCGCGUCGUCGCAGGAGCUCGAGCAGCUCCGUGCGUCCGAGUCUCGAUUCAUCCCGGCCAAGCAUCGACCUGCGUCGGUAA